GGCUUUGUCGAGCUGACCGUAGUCCCAUUGAAAGAUAACUUGCGAUACAUAAGGCUCAAUGCAAAGCAAUGUCGUAUCUAUAGAGUGUGCCUGAAUGACCGAUAUGAAGCAAACUUUCAAUAUUGUGACCCAUUCCUGGAUAUCUGCCAAGCUGACCCUAACACGAGGUCCCUCGAAGUAUUCUCACAAUGCCACCUAGCAGCAGCUCAGAAGAUUGACCCAGAUCACAACUCCGGAGAGCUCCACAUACAAGUCCCUGACGAUGCAGCUCACCUGGUGGGCGAGGGCCGAGGCCUCCGCAUUGGUAUUGAGUUCUCCUUGGAGUCUCCACAGGGCGGGAUGCAUUUUGUGGUGCCAGAAGGAGAGGGAUCUCUGGUUGAGAAAUCAGCCCACAUGUUCACCUACGGCCACUCAGCUCGCCUCUGGUUCCCCUGCGUCGACAGUUUCGCUGAGCCCUGCACAUGGAAGCUAGAGUUCACUGUCGACGAGUCCCUGACUGCAGUCUCCUGUGGAGAGCUGCUCGAUGUUGUGUACACGCCUGAUCAUAGACGGAAGACAUUCCAUUAUGUAGUGAAUACGCCGGCUUGUGCACCAAAUAUCGCUUUGGCUAUUGGACCAUUUGAGACAUUCGUAGAUCCAUUCAUGAAUGAAGUGACUCACUACUGCUUACCGAAUCUGAUGCAAAUACUUAAGAACACGGUGCGAUACCUACAUGAAGCAUUUGAAUUCUAUGAAGAGACUUUAUCCACUAGGUAUCCAUAUCCGUGCUACAAACAAGUUUUUGUUGAUGAGACUGAAGACGAUGCGACAGCCUACACCACAAUGUCCAUCCUGAGCGUCCACCUCCUCCACUCAAUAGCCAUCAUAGACCAAACCUACAUCAGCCGCAAAGCCAUGGCUCAAGCCGUAGCGGAACAAUUCUUCGGCUGUUUCAUCACUAUGCAGAACUGGUCGGAUCUGUGGUUGGCCAAGGGCAUUCCUGAUUAUCUGUGUGGAUUGUAUUCUAAGAAGUGCUUUGGUAAUAAUGAGUAUAAGUAUUGGACGCAUCAGGAGUUGCAAGAGGUUGUGACAUACGAAGAGCAAUAUGGUGGUAUCGUUCUUGAUCCAUGGCAACCGCCGGCGAGCGGAGCUCGCGUUGAUCCCAAAGACAUGUUUUACUUCCCAGUCAGAAAUGUACACACCAUGUCACCGAGGUAUAUUGAGGUGAUGCGUAAAAAAUCCCACCUAGUGCUCCGUAUGUUAGAACAACGCAUCGGCCAAGAAUUACUACUCCAAGUAUUCAACAAGCAACUAUCCCUCGCUACCAACGCUGCCAACACUAAAAUAGGAGGGGGGUUAUGGGGACAUCUCCUGUUGUCAACGAAUUUGUUCGUGAGAGCGAUAUUUACGGUGACUGGGAAGGAUAUGGCGGUAUUUGUGGACCAAUGGGUCCGGACAGGAGGACAUGCGAAGUUUCAGUUGACCUCAGUGUUUAAUAGGAAACGAAACACAGUGGAACUCGAAAUCCGCCAAGACUGCGUCCACGAGCGGGGCAUCCGCAAAUACGUGGGGCCGCUCCUCGUCCAACUUCAAGAGUUAGACGGCACAUUCAAACACACGCUUCAGAUUGAGAACACGGUGGUCAAGGCGGAUAUCACGUGCCACAGCAAGAGCAGGAGGAAUAAGAAAAAGAAGAUUCCGCUGUGUACGGGGGAAGAGGUUGAUAUGGAUCUGUCGGCUAUGGAUGACUCUCCAGUACUCUGGAUCCGUCUCGACCCCGAGAUGUCCCUAUUACGAAGCACCGUCAUAUCUCAACCUGACUACCAAUGGCAGUACCAGCUCCGACACGAGCGUGACGUCACAGCCCAAAGUGAAGCUAUCGACGCUUUACACAACUACCCUGAACCGGCCACAAGGAAAGCUCUUACAGAUACUAUAGAGAAUGAACAAAUUUAUUAUAAGAUCAGGUGUAGGGCGGCGCAUUGUUUGACAAAGGUGGCAAAUGCAAUGAUCAGCUCAUGGGCGGGCCCACCGGCCAUGCUGACGAUAUUCCGCAAGAUGUUCGGGUCGUUCUCGGCGCCGCACAUCAUCAAACAGAACAAUUUUGACAACCUGCAGCAUUACUUCUUGCAGAAGACUAUACCGGUCGCUAUGGCAGGCCUUCGCAACAUCCACGGCAUCUGCCCGCCCGAGGUGGUGAGAUUCCUCCUUGACCUCUUCAAGUACAACGACAACUCGAAGAACCACUUCUCUGACAACUAUUAUAAAGCGGCGUUGGUCGAUGCUUUGACGGCGACCAUCACACCCGUCAUAUCUGUGCUGCAACCGGGUGCCCCAAUAACAGCAGACUCCCUCUCAGCGGACACAAAACUGGUUCUAGAAGAGAUAACCCGUGUCCUAAAUUUAGAGAAAGUGUUGCCAUGCUACAAGAACACUGUGACCGUCAGUUGUCUGCGCUCGAUAAGGCGGUUGCAGCAGUGCGGACAUCUGCCGAGCAUACCCACUGUGUUUAGGGCUUAUGCCCAGUACGGGCAAUAUGUUGACGUACGCCUAGCCGCCGUCGAGUGCCUUGUUGACUUCGUCCGCGUCGACGGGAAGCCUGAAGACCUCAGUUCCCUACUAACCACAGUGGAAAGCGAUCCCGACCCACACGUGCGACACGGCCUAGCCCGAAUGUUGGUCAACAACCCGCCUUUCGAGAAGGCUCAGCGGCAUAGGUUGGACACGGAGGCGGUUGUGCACAGACUAUGGAACAACAUUAACAGCCACCUGUCAAACGACGCACGACUCAGAUGCGACUUAGUUGAUCUCUACUACACAUUGUAUGGGCUCAAGCGGCCCAUAUGCGUGCCUCUGCCUGAGAUUCAGGCCAUGAUGAAACAAAUGCAGCACAAAGAGCGAGAGAGGCUGGAGAGGGAAAAGGACAGGGAGAAGGAUAGGGACAGGCUGAGAGAGAUGGAGUUGAACAAACCUGUUAUUAAGCAAGAAAUUCCUGAGGUUAAAUUUGAAGCCGAGGAGCCAUCCACCGUGGUCCCAAGCCUGGACUCUGGUAUCAUAAUGCCGACCCCAAUGGAGUUGGACAUCAAGACCGACUUGCCCGUUCCUCUAGCCAACAUCAAGGAAGAAGACAUCAAGAUUGACGUCACUUCGGUCCAUGACAUGCCCAUCAGGGUGUACAGUGGCGAGGACUCAAAGCGGGAGUUCAUAUCGGACAACGCAGCCCCGCUGCCCGGCAUCCCCGGCUCGUCGGGCCCCGUCGGCUUCGAGCCCGGCAUGUUCCGCCGCGACAACGACAUGGGCGCUCCUAAGGUGAUUCUGAAAAAGAAGAAAGAAAAGAAGAAGCACAAACACAAACACAAGCACAAACACAGCAGCAAAGACAAAUCCGGCAAAGACAAGGACCAUAGAGACAGAGACCGCUUCCCUCCCCGCCCCCCCUCGAGCACUGACCAUCUCAAAAUCAAAGAGGAGACGCGGGAAACGCUUAGUUCAUUCAGCUCAAGUCAAAGCCCUUCCGAGGAUAUAUCGUCUAUGCCCAGUAAUAUGAGCUUUUAAAAACAUUGAUGAAAAUUCAACCUUAUAAACAAGACGUCAAGGUUGAAUUUCGCAAUAUUGAAUGAAGAUAAAGAUUAUUCGUAAAUUAAGUAAAAUUGAUCUUAACUAGAAGUAAGCGGUAAAUGUGUAAGAUUUUUGAUUUUAAAUAUAUUUUUUAUGU